AUGACAAGGAAGGGGGUAGGGCUGCUCACUUGUCCGCCUCCGGCUGUUUCUCUCAUUCAUGACGCAGCCUCGGCCGGACCCAGGCGUCCCGGCGCCUCAGGGGCACUGGAUGAAAGACCGGCCACAGACCCCCACCCCCCGCCCACGGUCCCGCGCUCACCCACCCGCGCAGAGCAGACUCCAGCCCUGGGAGCAGCGGCGGCGCCCAUGCCCAGCUUCGGGGACCGUCUACAAAGUACCACCGGCGCGGGGGGCGGAAGCAAGUUCCCCGCACCCAGCCCACGCCACACCGCUCUCCGCGCCGCGCGCGAGCGGAGCAGCGCGAGGAAACUGAGGCCCAGAGAAGGGAAGGGACUUGUGUCAAGGUCACUGUGGCACAUGCUGGCCUCCCAGGCGACAUUCGAACCCACAACUCCAGAGGCAGUACCUUACAUUGCCCCACCCUGUCUCUCGCAGAGCAGAGAGGCACUCCUCCAGCCUGACCCAAAGCCCCUCCCUCCCUCGGAGGCCGGCUCCUCACCCGCAUCGGUCCCAGGAGCCCCUUGGUGACUUGUAGCCCUCCUGGCAUACCCCCAGCAGCUCUGGACCCGUGACCAAAUCAGAGCGCCAACCAUUCCUGCAAAGAGAUUGUCGUGGGCCCCCCAGCCCCCUUCUCGGUGUGCCGUCUGUAUCCCUCGAGCUCAGCACAGUGUCUGCAGCGCUUAAUAAAUGCACGUUCGUGUGUUCUUUUAUUCCAAAA